GCGGUUUUUUGUGGUUACGAAGCAGAAGCAUUAUUAACAGCCAAUUCCCCAGCAGGGAGAGCAGAAAGCCGUGUUGAUGAAGCCGGACGCGGGGCUUUGGCGGGUCCUCUGGUAGUAGCGGCAGUCAUUUUACCAACCAAUUUUCAAUCUCCCUUUAUCCAGGAUUCCAAAAUCCUUACUCCCCAACAACGAAAUCUAACUUAUCAGAUUAUUAAAAAGAAUGCGUUGGAAUAUAAAGUGAUUUUUAAAUCACCGCGAGAAAUUGAAGAAAAAAAUCCCUUACAAGCAACCAAGGAAGCUAUGGCAGAAGCCCUCGGUAGCCUACACAAUAUUCCCAAUUUGGCCUUAGUUGACGGGAAAGAAAAGAUAACUGUUCCGGGGAUUAGAACCCGCAGCAUUAUUGGCGGCGAUAGAAAGUCAAUUAACAUUGCGGCUGCUUCAAUUAUCGCUAAAGUCACACGGGACCAGAUUAUGAAAAAACUCCACCAAAAAUUUCCUCAUUACGACUGGUUUAAUAAUAAAGGUUAUCCCAACCAAACUCACUUAGCCGCUCUUUUUCGUUACGGGGUUUGUGAUUUACACCGCAAAAAUUAUGAGCCAAUUAAGAGUUUGCUUAAUCCGCAAAUUUCGCCAGAAGAAAUUGUUAAAAAAUAUAAACUUUAA